ACAUAGCAUUUGGGUAAAAGAAACUUUCCACAUGAAAUUUCAUAGAGUAAAAAACGCCAUAGUCCAUACAUUUAUGGUUUCACUCACACAAGACAAUUGAAUCUGAAAUUUCGUAUUCUCUCUCCUCUACCUCGUGCUCGAAUUGCAGAAGCUGGUUCCAGAGCAAUGGCGAGCACAGGAAGUUCUAUGCUGCUCUCGUUUCUUUUGUUCACUGUGGUUCUAUCACUUGAAGUGAUUUAUAGAGGGAAGUUAGCAUCGUCGGAGUUAUUCACCAUCCUUGGAGGGUUUAUUAGUUCUCUACUAUUCCUUUUCUCCUUCGUAUUCAUUGGAAAUUUUCAAGAGUCGUCUGGCAUCAAAACUGGGUGGGGUGCUGUUAUACUUGCUGAAGUAGUUGCUCUUCUUGUGGCCAGUACUGUCCAUCGAGUGUGUGUCACAACAUGCUUCUUGUUCUCUGUUGGAUUAUUGUACGAAGUUAAUACGCUUUCAACUAUGAUGCAAUCUAAAAGUGAAGUGAAAUCCAGGAGACAUUAAGAUGACACCUCAGGUGGCUCUCGUCUACAACAUUUGCAAGGUCUUGACUCAAUUAAUGUUUAAAAAGCCCUUACAUUUAGAUAUAGAUCGUGUGGUGUCAACAAUAUUGUAGUCGAGGUUCUUGCAUUGCUUUAUUGUUGGUGAACUUUUAUGUUAGUUAAAAGCUUUCCUUACCAUUGUUUCCCCUUCACCUUGACAUGAGAAAUUUUGAGAAAGGGUUAAGGCAUGACUACAUAUUUAUGGGAAACAAUGUAGGAAAAGCAAAAGCAGCAAAUGUUCUCAAAUUUUGGUCUUUGUCUACUCGUCAAGAACGAUAUGUUAUCGUACAUCUUUCGUUGUAACGAUAUGAAAACCUUGAUUUUAAUAGGAUAAGAUCAACAGUAUGAACCAAUAUUUCAUCUUUAGUGGUCA